GUGGCUCGGGACAAAGAGGCAGUGGCAAGGGACGUGGCGGAUCGUCGACAUUGCCCUAUGUGAUACCAUGUACCAGCACUGACACGGGUCAUAAGUCUGACAGCUCAGACAAUUGCGAUGACAAGAGGGCUAACGAAAGUAGCAAGGCAGGGCAAAGAGUACUCCGCUCCCACAGAACGCAUGUUGGUGAUAAAGAUAAGGGGAGGACCUCUCCAACAGAGACUCGCUCGAGAUCGAAUCAGGCUUUGAAAUUCAAAAGUCCAUCGCGCUCCGGUCACGACGCGGAACGUUCCCACUCUACAUCCUCCGGAGCGGGUGGAAGAAACGAAGCAGGUUCAUCAGGAGACGUGCACCCACGGAAGCGAAAGCUCAAAUCCUCAAGGGACAGUCACAAGUCAGACCACAAGAACGACGCGCACGACAAUUUGCCCAGCGUGCCACACGGCAAUCCAUACCAAUUGGCCAUACACAUCCGGAAUCAGAUUGACCAACGGCAGAAAUCUUUGUUCCCUGUGAAGCCCAAACCGCCGAAGGAUUUCAACAAGUAUCUAAUGAACAGGUGCACGUACACCUUGCAAAGCACCGUGAAUCCAGAACCACCGGUUGUUGUACCACACAACAUGCCCCCACAAAUGGUCGAUCAGUUUAUGGAACACGAAAAUGAGAGGACGCAGUUACGUAUACAACAUCUAGUAGAGAAGGAGAAGCUAGUCCUUUCGGUGGAACAAGAAAUAUUGAGAGUACACGGACGCGCUGAACGCGCUGUUGCUAAUCAGGCCCUUCCUUUUUCUGUGUGCACAAUACUGCGCGACAAGGAAGUGUACAACGUGCUGGCACCGGAGCAGGAGGAGAAGCGCAACGCGCAGCGCUCCCGCUGCAACGGCCGCCAGAUCAACUCUUGGCUGCAGGAGGUGGAUGACAAGUGGGAGAAGAUCAAGGAGAGCAUGCUGCGACGGCAACAUACUGAGGCGGAGGCACUGCACGCGGUCCAACGUAUGCUCUGGGAGUGGAAACUCCAGGAGAAUGGUCUCUGCGAAUUUAGCCACCCGCCCAAGAUCGACCCCUCGCACGUGCCGCAAAUACACGUGUCGAAUUUUGACUUACGCGCUUAAACUUUAAGUUCAUAUAGCCCGUGUUAAUGUAGGUCGCACAUCACAACAUCUCACAUGGAAACCUAAUGAUUUAAUAUUCCCGGUCAAGCUUCGCUUUGACUUAUGUGUACUUCUUCCCUAUCCCUACCCUAAACCUGCCCUACCCCUGAUUUGGUUUGGAUAGGUUAGCCCGUUCUUGAGUCAUAAAAUUACAACAAUAAGUAACAUUCAUUUUCAUAUAUAAAAAACGCAAACGUAAACGUUCUAUGACAGUUUGACUAGUGACUACAAUGCAUAAACAAUGUCUUAAAGAUGACUAGUUUUAAAUGUAAUGAUUUUUACGAGAUAUUCGGAAAAAGAACAUUUAUUUUAGUAUUAAUACAUAAAAAAACACUUGAGCCAUAUUCGAUGUGGACUACCAAUCAGGUGCAAGCAGGUGUUGAUAACCUAUUGGAAACUUCAUCAUUAUAUACAGCAAAUAAUUGUACAACAACAAAACAACCAAAUGAAUUAAUUUUCAACAAUUAUACACAUUUUCAACAAUUAUAUACAGUAGUGCAAACUAAUGAAAAGCUUGAAAUAAGACAGGAGUUAGAUAUAUUCACAUAGUUAACAAUUAUAUGUUAAAAGGGGUAUAAUUUCCUUCUGAAUAUUUUUAAGUAUAUUCAUCAAUACUAAAAUAUAAAAGCUAUACUGUCCAUAAAAAAAUAAGAAUCAAAAAAAGCAUUUGUUUUAAAAUGGAUUUAAUAAGCUGAGUUUUCAUUUGCUGUGUAUGUAAACUACUAACUACUAUGUGAAUGGCUUUAUUUGUUGCACAAUAUUUGACUUGAUUAAUUAAAUGUAUUAAAAAUAACUUUACUUUUUAUAUCACAAUUUUUUAUUUUAUUUUAUUAUUUAUUAAAUUAUUUAUUUUGACAUCACAAUAACUACAAAUAUUUCUUUAAUUUGUUACAUUAUUGUUUCUAAUGGAAAUUUAUGGAAAAUGCUAUGUUUGGCGUUCAAUGUGGUGUUGUUAUGUGUGACUUGCGUUAACUCUAAGUGUUGUCAGUCUCGUGAUCUCAAACAUUUAUUUUUAAAAUUGGUAAUACGGCGCAAGCGUAAUAAAAUUUCAAAAAUUUUAUCCCACUGUCGUGUAAACCGUUUCUUAUGGACUCCUACGGCCAAAGUCUGGUCACGGCUGAUUCUCCUCUUUUAAAAGCUAAUCGCCACAGUUAAAACAAUAUUAUUUAUAUCCAUAACAAGACAUCUACAUAUAUUACGAAGAGAAACCAACAACAAUAAAUACUAAAAAUCAAUGUGACAACUGUGUCUGUAAAGGGCUUUCUAUUUUACAGAACAUGCAGAUUUUAUACACAGAUUAAUCAAUAAUAUAUAGAUGGAGCGUACGGAACUGUGUGACUCUGAGCCAUCUUAUGUCUGUUGACCAUGACUAAUAAGUAGAAGUCAUGGGACUUAAUACGCUAUCAUAUGCUUAGUUGAUCACAAGCUUUAAAACUGUAAACAUGGCUAGUAAAAGAAAAUCACUCUAUAUCUAUUCAUACAUUUUUUCUUUCAUUUAACGAUUACUUCAUAUAACGCUAUAGAACGUACUAUCCCUUUUGUGUCGUUAUAUAGAGUUUACACUGUAAAUGAAUUUUUGAUUUUUUGAAAGAACCAUCCAUUAAACAGGGGUGAAACUAGAUUCUAAUCCGGAUUCUAUGUACUAAUAGAUGUUUAUGUUAUCUCUAAUUUACUUUUGAUCGCGUUUCGGAGAGUGUGAAAACCAGGAAACUUCGAAAAGAAUCAGCCGCUACCAGAAUAUUUGGUAUAUUUCUUGUUUACUGAUUAAUUUUAGCAUACAGUCACAGUUCAUACUGUGACUUAGUGAUAAGUAAAUAAAAAUCUAUAUUCAUAGUUACUUAAUCUUAUACAGUUACUUAAUCUUAUAUAGUUACUUAAUCUUAUAUAGUUACUUAAAAAAUAUAUUGUAUAGCCUUUAAUUAUAUUUCUUUUUUGGAUCUGUGUUAGAUUUAAUUAACAUUAUAUAAUAAAUAUAAUUGUAUGUAUACGAAUUUAUCCUACCUUUAUUUGUACAAUUAUUAGAGUUUUUGUGUGUUACCUUUAAAAAAAUAUAUUCAUAAUUGUGGUGUACAUUGCUUAGAUAUUUAGAAAGUUUUUUUUCUUUUGUAAUUUGUGUAUUUUUUCACAGCUUAUGACAAUUGACAUAUACUUAUGUAUUUUCUGUACAAAUUAUUUAAGUUUUUGAUAUUCUUUUAAGAAAGAUUUGUUUAAAAGGAACUAUUGUACUUUACUUUAAGUAUAAUUUAUUGGAUAGAUCUGUUCAUAUCACACUUUUAUUGUAAAAAUGAACAAUUUUGCAGUUUUAGUUCUGUUAUUUACAUGCAACGCUUUAUAGUUUUGCCAUUUCGUUUAGAUUAUUAUAAAGUAGUUUAGUAUAAGCCCAUUAAGCAUGUCAUAUGGAUGUUUUGAUGUUUACACUCCCAUAAUAUUGUUUGUAGAUGGACAAGUUUAAAAAAAUAUUAUAUGUUAAACUUUCAACUUAUUGUCAUCAUUGAUAUUUCGAAAUAAAGAUCUCAAGAAGA